AAUCAUGUCCAAGAGGUCUGGGCCCAGCAACUUCCCUAGGGCUUAAGGAUUAUAGAUAGAAAAGAAGGAGAACCCAUAAUCAGAGAAUCCCUGCUGGGGAAAUAAAGAGCCGCACAAAGAUGAGGUGAUGUCAGAGCCCCCCUUUUGUUCCUGGUGCCUGCUAUUCAUGAGGCUCUUAUUUGUCACGUGACACUGUAAUAGUGCUUAUUUGGGUCAUUAUCAGAAGAAAGAGUGUCUGCUGGUUUGCAGACUUUUUUUUUUUCCAACAUGUAAUUUCUGUGAGGACUUGGAUAACUUCCCAUGGUACUUCUUGAGGCAGAGAAAUAUGUGUGUGCCAUAGUCUGAAACUGUCAUUCGGGGUUCCUUAGCACUGGUGUUUCUUUUAACACUUUUUAUCAGUGCGUAAUAACCAAAAGUCUGUGCUGGAUGGUGGUAGAAGUAAAGGAGGAAGCCAUUCUGGUUUGUACAAUGGUCAUUCAUAGUUUUCCUCUCAUACCUUUGCUCCUCUGCCUCAUAAAAUUGUCUGUCUAUGUGAUAUUAUCCCAGGAUCAUUAUUCAAAAUAAUUGAUAGACAUGCCAACUAGUGGGUCUGUAUGUACUAGCUGAGGAUGAGUUGGAAAGGCUUCUCACAGCAGAAGUCUCCAUACCACAGAUUGAAUUUUACCCGGGGAACCUGCUCUGAUUGUUCCCAUGUUUAAGGUUGCUAUAUAAAAUAUGCCAAGUCAAAUAUUACACAGGACAUACUGAUCUUUUAAAAGUUAUUUGUUUAUCAAAUUCAAAUUUAACUGGCACUUGUAUUUUUAUUUUCUGUAUCUGGCAAUCCUGCUUGCAGUGUAAUUCCAGUUUAGGCUAGUUUUCAAAGUUUCCGACAGCUCAGGAGGGAAAAAGGGUAUGGAAGUCAAAGAACAUAGUGUGAGUACUAGCACCUUUAGCAGCCAGCUGUGUGACUUUGGAUAAGGGAUUUAACCUCUCUGAACUUCACUUAGUUAUACAAAUAGGGACAAUGUUAGCAACUUGCCUACAUUUCUGAGCUGCUAUGCUGAUCAAAUGCAGAAGUAUCUUGGAAAAAGAAUAGCUCUAUGCAAAUGAGAUUGUUAGAAACAGAAGAAGUUGGAAAGAAGAAUCCAAGGAAGGACAAAAUACUGUGAACAAUCACCUUGCUGGCCUAGAAGGCAGAAUUGCAAGUGAGCUAUACAAACUCUUGCAGCCAUUUCUGCUGAGGCGAGUAAAGGCUGAGGUAGCCACAGAGCUUCCCAGGAAGACGGAAGUAGUGAUAUACCACGGCAUGUCAGCACUGCAGAAAAAAUACUACAAGGCCAUUCUGAUGAAAGACCUAGAUGCAUUUGAAAAUGAGAUGGCGAAGAAAGUUAAACUUCAGAAUGUCCUGUCCCAGCUUCGGAAGUGUGUGGAUCACCCGUAUUUGUUUGAUGGUGUGGAACCAGAGCCUUUUGAAAUUGGAGACCACCUGAUUGAGGCUAGCGGGAAACUUCACCUGCUGGAUAAACUGUUGGCAUUCCUGUAUUCCAAAGGCCAUCGAGUUUUACUUUUCUCCCAGAUGACCCAGAUGUUGGAUAUUCUCCAAGACUACCUGGAUUAUAGAGGCUACAGCUAUGAGCGUGUGGAUGGUUCUGUGAGAGGAGAAGAGAGACACUUGGCCAUUAAGAACUUUGGACAGCAGCCCAUCUUUACUUUUCUCUUGAGUACCAGGGCAGGUGGAGUUGGCAUGAACUUAACGGCAGCAGAUACUGUUAUUUUUUUUGACAGUGAUUUCAAUCCUCAGAAUGACUUGCAAGCAGCUGCCCGGGCUCACCGAAUUGGCCAGAACAAGUCUGUUAAAGUUAUUCGGCUGAUUGGCCGAGACACUGUGGAAGAGAUUGUCUAUAGGAAAGCGGCCUCCAAACUGCAGCUCACCAACAUAAUCAUCGAAGGGGGCCAUUUCACUCUGGGAGCCCAGAAACCUGCUGCGGAUGCCAACCUCCAGUUGAGCGAGAUACUCAAAUUUGGUUUGGAUAAACUGCUGUCCUCAGAGGGGAGCACCAUGGAUGAAAUAGACCUGGAGUCUAUCCUGGGAGAAACAGAAGAUGGCCAUUGGGUCUCUGAUGCCCUGCCUACUACAGCAGAAGAAGGAAGCAGAGAGCCAGAGGAAGGAAAAAACCACAUGUACUUAUUUGAAGGUAAAGAUUAUUCUAAGGAGCCUAGUAAAGAAGACAGAGAAUCAUUUGAGCAACUGGUGAAUCUUCAGAAAACCCUUUUGGAGAAGACUAGUCAAGAGGGCCGGUUACUCCGAAAUAAAGGCAGUGUUCCUAUCCCAGGCCUUGUGGAGGGGUCCACCAAAAGGAAGCGGAUUCUGAGCCCAGAAGAACUGGAGGACAGAAGGAAGAAAAGACAAGAAGCAGCGGCCAAGAGAAAGAGACUGUUAGAGGAGAAGAGGAAGAAGAAGGAAGAAGCAGAACAUAAGAAAAAGAUGGCCUGGUGGGAGUCCAACAAUUACCAGUCCUUCUGCCUGCCUUCUGAGGAGAGCGAACCAGAGGACGGGGAAGAUGAGAGCUCUGCCCAACUGGAGUAUGAGGACCCAGACUCAACCUCCAUCAAGUAUGUCAGCGGUGACGUCACCCACCCCCAGGCUGGGGCGGAGGAUGCUGUCAUUGUGCACUGCGUAGAUGACUCUGGUCGCUGGGGCAGAGGUGGUUUAUUCACAGCUCUGGAAACAAGAUCUGCUGAGCCAAGAAAAAGAUAUGAGUUGGCUGGGAAAAUGAAAGAUUUGAGUUUGGGAGGUGUCCUUUUAUUUCCUAUUGAUGAUAAAGAGUCAAGAAACGAAGGGCAAGAUUUGUUGGCCUUGAUUGUGGCCCAGCACCGAGAUCGCACCAAUGUCCUGUCUGGCAUUAAGAUGGCAGCCCUAGAAGAGGCCCUGAAGAAGAUAUUUUUAGCAGCAAAGAAAAGGAAAGCAAGUGUCCAUCUUCCACGCAUUGGACAUGCCACGAAAGGUUUUAACUGGUAUGGUACUGAGCGACUUAUUAGGAAACACUUGGCCUCAAGAGGCAUCCCAACUUACAUCUACUAUUUUCCUAGAAACAAAGCUGCUGUCCUUCAUCUACAGGCCUCAUCUUCAUCCUCAGGACAGCUAGUAUCUUAACAAUCAGCUCAGCAUCAGAUCCAGCCUUCAGCAACCAGCUGAAAAAGCUGGGGGAAAAGAAAAGCUAGUUGCUCAAAGCCACUGUAAUAGAGUAUUUCAACAAGGAAUCAGAAUCUGGUGGGGCUCUGAGAGACUCUGUUUUCUGAAUUCUAAUUUUGUUCUCCUGAAUGUGUUACUGAUGAGUAAUACCUGUAAUACAGCUAUGCAAAAGUUAUUUGGGAAAAUUCUUUGGCAGUUUGCCAGUGCCCCAGUAUGCAUAGCUAUUUGUAUAAUAAUAAAUACCUUUUCUCUCUCUAAA